CAAGGAGUUGGAACUGUCAAAACUGUCUGGCUGUUGGGGAAAAUACUUCUAAUAGGGUACUCUGGGUGGUAAAUAAAAGAAUAUGAAAAUCAAUACACAACGAACUUUAUGUAGAAAUAAACAUAGUUAUACUGAUUUUAUGUCGUAAAUAUACAUGAUUUAUUUAUUAUGUUAAAAUUAAAAAUUGAUAUUUUUAAUCUGUAUAUCACGUGACUAAAAACACGAGCCGCCAUGCUGUAACGUCAUAUUGGCAAUAAAUCAUUCGCUGUCAUCUGUUAACAACUUUUUAUUUUCUAUUCGCAUUCUAUUCGUCAGUAAGUUAAAUACAACUAAAAACACGAAAUGGAAGCCGGUUUCGUAAAAGCAGGUAGAACGUUUACCAAAAAUCGACACGAUGAUGGUUACAAAGUUCUUUGCAUGUAAUCCAGAUUUCUGUUCUGCCGAAUUCCGGAAUUUAAAAACAUCUUUAUCUGCAAGAGAAUCGUAUGGCGACGAUGCUAUCGGAUACGUGCAACUACAAAGGACCCAAGCUUUAUGUACUAUAAAGUGUACAAUAUGUCCGGAACAUAAAGUUCGUUCCAAACCAUACUCUGCAACUCUCAUUGUAGAUGAGCAAGAAGAUGAUGUGCUACAGGUGACAUGCCAUGAUUGUCCUGCGUCUGCCGGUGGAUGUAAACAUGCUGUAGCAUUUUUAAUGUGGUGUCAUCGUAGAAGUGAAGAGCCAUCAUGCACUUCAGUCCAAUGUUAUUGGAAAAAAUCAACAGUAUCAAAGGUCGGAUCUUCAAUAAAAAAUAUGACAACGAAAGAAAUGACAAACAAGAAGCUAAAAAGUGCUGAAACUAGUAUAGGUGACAGUGUAGUUGAACAUUUUUUAAUUGAAUCUAAAAAAAGAAAAAUUACUUCUUGUCAAUAUUUAAAGCAUGAAAAUGAUUUUGUUUGCAAAAAAAGUAAUACACUGUCACUACAUUACCUGAUGUGUAGUAACAAAACUAAUAAAUGUGAUGAUUUCCUAAACCUAAUAGGUAAAGUUUUAAAUGAUAUAAAUAUCAGAAAUGUUGAGAAACAAACUAGAAACCAACAUAAGAGUGGAUUAUGGUAUGAGUUACGUUAUGGGAGAAUCACGGCUUCAAAAUGCUUUGAAGUCAGUAGGUGUAAAACCACUGAUGGUUCUUUGGUUGCCACCAUUCUUGGAGGAAGAACCAUCGAAACUACUGCAAUAAAGCGAGGCAGAAAUUUGGAAGACAGUGUGCGAAAAAGUGUGGAGAAAAAAUUGGGGAAAAAAAUAGAAAAAUGUGGAAUAUUUAUUUCCGAAGAGAAUCCUAUGAUUGCAGGUUCGCCAGAUGGCAUUUGUGAAAAAAAUACUACAAUUGAAAUUAAGUGCCCAAGUACCAAAAAAACUGAAAAUAAAUAUAUUAAAGACGGUGCUAUCACUAAACAAUACUAUGCUCAAGUACAAGUACAAAUGUAUUGUGCAAAAGUGAAUAAAAGUUAUUUCUGUGUCGCAAGUAGUGGUUUCGAAAAGGACAAUAAAGUGUAUAUUAUAGAGAUUGCAUAG